AUGCCUCGACCGACUCGCGCUUGCAUAUUGGCAGCCCCGGCGUCUCAUUCAGCACGAUCCUCCGUGGUUAUGCUCCGCCUCCCAGCUUCACUGUAUGCUCCAGACGCGACCCAUUCACCAUUCGCGUCAUGGAAGCUUGAUGUAUUCAGCACGCAGAUGGCCGCAACAAAGCACAGACGAGCGCCAUUAUCAAAACCUUUAACUCAUGACUAUCACACGGACGACAUCAAGUACAACCAGUACGUCAAGGAGGGCCCUAUCAAGAAGGCGACCGUCGGGGACUACACAACCAAGCUCAAGCUCAACGUAUCUAGGUCCAUGGACGCCGUUUUCAAAGAGAACUCGCAAGAUAUCUCUCGAAAGAAGUAUCAAGAGAGCUGCGAGGACGUCAAGACCAAGCCGAGCGUCAGAGGUCGCGACCCCAGCUUGACUGUCAUCUUGGAGGAGAUUCCCUCCGGUGCGCUGAUCUGGGGGACGAUUGAGGAUCUAGUUGGACAGGACAGCGACGUCUGCAGCUAUAACAAGAAUGACGUCUCCGACAACGAUAAGAGCAGCUGCGACCCUUGUGAGAGCUUCUCCAAGGCCAAGACCAAGCACAACUCGAACAUGGACCUUCAUGCCGUCGACCUUGUGCAUGAAGAUGCCCCUGAACGACUGGAGGCUCGUCACGUCGCCGACGUUGUGGUCCCCGCAGCUUUCCGAGAGACGUUGGCCAUGCGUCGGUUCUUCAAGACGUCGCCAACAAACGUGUACUCGUGCGAGACGGCCGCGAUCAAUCCAGGAGCACUCUCUCCGCGAAGCGCCUCGACAUCACCUCCCCAAACUACCACUCACUUCAUGCUAUCCCAGGCGUUCCUCAACAUCUCUCCUUUGCGGCUGUGUGGCUACGUGGCCUGCUUCCCGGACAUGAACCUGUCCGCAUAA